UUAUAUUUAUUCAGUUGUCGUUAGGAAGCAGAAUAUGUAAACACAACUAAAUUAACUCAAGAAUCGAGAAGUUGUUGUAGAAUACUCGUACACUUAUCAUCGCGUGAAAUUAAUUGUUUACGUCUACCGUACACUACGUUGUGAAUAAAAACUGGUGCAGCGUGGUAAAUUGACGUAUUUUAACAUCAUCAACUGUGACUGUGGGUUUUGUGUUCAAAAUGUAAUAAACAUGAGGAUGAUGUCAGUUUAACAAACUUUUGAACUUUUUGUCUAAAUUCAUACAACUAAUAAAAAUAAUUAAUCAAGCUCUAUAUGCACUAAAUAUUAUAAUGAACUAAAUGUUACAAGAAUAAUAACUAAAGUUCCAGUAAAUUUGGCUAUUUUUGGAAGAUCCACCAAUUUUAAUAAAGUGAUAAGAUUUUUUUUAGAACGCUACAAAUUCUAAAUUAAUGUAGAGUCAGUGAUUUUUAUAUACAAAGUAUUAUGUGGAAAAAUUCUACAAGAUAAUUCGCAUGUUAACUGAAGUAAAUACACCGAGAGUGGUGUAUCAUAUUUUUAUCUAAACUUGAAAGUUAUAUUAACAUUAGAUAAAGGGAUUAAAUCAUAAAACGAUUGUUCUGGUGACAAUUUCUUAAGUGGAUAGAUGAGAGUAGGUUUAACAGUGUCGGUUGUAUAUUUUACACGUUUUAUGAACGAAUUACAUAAUUAUGAAACGGGAUAAUCUAUCCAAAUAGUUUAAAUUGUUUUUGAAAUCUCGUGAAUCUCGGCAUGUCAAGAUGAGUGUGGAACAAAAAUCAAGUGAUGAAGACUACAAUCCAUUUGAACAUAGAGACGUUAAAAAACCUAACUCAGACAUCAGGUCGCUGGCGAAUCUAAUCAAGUCUUCCCUUGGCUCGGGGUUGCUAGCAGUGCCCUUGGCCUUCGCCAAUGCAGGUUGGGGAGUGGGCCUGGUGGGCACCGUGGUCAUCGCCUUCAUAUGUGGCCACUGCGUGCAUAUGUUUGUUUCAACGUCGCGAGGGUGUUGUCGGUUAGAGAAGAAACCAUUACUAGGGUAUGCUGAAACAUGCCAAGCUGCUUUUGCCAAUGGACCUAAACCAGUGAGAAGAUGGGCUAAGGCAGCUAGCAUAUUUGCGGAGUUCUCGUUACUUUUUACAUACAUUGGAGUGUGCUGCAUAUUCACGGUACUUAUAGCGGAUUCGAUCAAGCAGCUAUUCGACACGUAUUUCCCUGUAUUUAUACUGCCUGUGCAAUACUACUGCCUGAUCAUAAUGGUACCACUUUGCCUUAUGGUUCAGAUCAGGCACUUGAAGUAUCUAGCGCCUUUCUCGCUUGUAGCCAACGUGUUGCUGGUAACAACAUUUGCUAUAUGCCUGUACUACAUCUUUAAAGAUGAAAUUAACUAUCAAGACAAAAGGAUCGUUGGUGAUCCUGCAAGAUUUCCUGCAUUCCUUUCAACGGUAAUCUUUGCAAUGGAAGGCAUUGGCGUGGUAAUGCCUGUUGAAAACGCUAUGAAAAAGCCUCAACACUUCCUUGGGUGCCCCAGCGUGCUGGUCAUAGCCAUGACUGCUAUAAUGCUGCUGUACGGAUCUCUAGGACUGUUCGGAUAUUUCAAGUACGGAGAUGUGCUUAGAGGCUCGAUCACUUUGAACCUACCCGUCGACGACUGGCCAGCAAUUUGUGCAAAAUGCUUCAUAGCGUUGUCGAUACUGUUUACGUAUCCCCUUCACUUCUUUGUGGUGAUAGACAUCAUCACAAGGUGCACCAAACCGUACAUCAAAGAGGAGCAUCGGAACAUCAUACAAGUUAUUGCAAGAACGGCAAUCGUCAUUUUUUGCGGUGGAAUUGGCAUUGCGUUACCAAUGUUGGAGCAAAUCAUCAACCUGGUUGGUGCUCUUUUCUACUCCAUCCUCGGGCUCAUCAUUCCUGGAGUCAUCGAGACGGUAUUCCUGUGGGAAAACCUGGGAAAGUACAACUGGAUUCUCUGGAAAAACAUCUGUAUCGUUCUAUUUGGGCUACUGGCCUUGGUGUCAGGGUGCACUGUUACCAUUAUGGACAUUAUUGAAAAGUUGAAUGUGAAAACUGAAUGAAAUGUGUUUUAAGCAAUAGUAAUAGAAUUUUAGAUAAGAAACUUCGAAGAUAUGAACACUUUAUUUAUAAGUCCAUUGUACUAUAAUGCCAUGGUUAAUAAAAAAAAUUAGAAAUCCAA